UCAGCCGCGGGCGGCAUGGCUGGUUCAGCGGGCGGCGCGUGCUGCGCGGGCCCGCAGUGGGCGCUCCUACUGGCCGUCGCGGUGGCCGCCGCUGCGGGCCCCGUGGGCGCCGACGCGGCUCGGAAGUCACGCGUGCCCAGCGCGGGGGCCGCCGUGGCGCAGCGGCAGAAGCUGGCUCAGCAGGCGCGGAGCUCGCGGUCGCUGCUGGCGGGGCUGACGCUACUGGAGACGCUGGCCAUCCGCGCGAACACCGAGCGGAGCUACUUACAGAUGCUGACCAACUUCGUGCAGUGGUGCCAGCAGCACCACCAGGACUGGAGGACGUACGAGGAGCUCGACCUGGUGCUGUCGAGCUACUUCUCGGACCACUACUUGCUGGGGGCGGCGUGCAACAUCGGGAGCCAGACGCUGGCGGCCAUCGCGCACGUCACGCCCUCGCUGUUCAAGCAGACGGUAUCCGUGCUCCCCCGGGCCUCGAGGGCCUCGGCUGCCUGGAAGCGCCGCGCGCCGGGCAAGACCCGGCUGCCGCUGCCGCGCCCUGCAGUCUACGCGAUCGCGGGCUGGCUGAUCAGCCACGGGCAGCUUGGUGGCUUGCUGGGUGGUCCUGGCUUUCGCAGCCUACAUGCGGCCGGCCGAGGCGCAGGGCCUGACGCGCGAGAGCCUGGUGCCGCCGGCCCCGGCAGCCGCUUUUCGCUGGACGAGCUCACCGCGCAGUUCAGCAGCGCGUGCCAGGCUCUGAAGCUGUCGUCGCUGAGGCCCCACCUCUACAGCCUCCGCCAUGGGGGGGCCUCGGACGACCUGACGGGCCGCCGCAGCCCGGUCGAGGUGCAGCGUCGAGGCAGGUGGGCAGUGGCGUCGUCGAUGCGGCGCUACGGCAAGGAGGGCUCCCUGCUGGACGAGAUGGCGCGGGUGAACGCGGAUGUCUUCGCCUUCGGGGCCCUCGUCGAGGCGAACCUCAGCUCUCUCCUCGAGCGCGGGUUCAGCAGGAUGAACCAGUACGGCCAGGUGCCGGCGACUGUGCUGCCGACCCUGGGCCCAGUGGCUGCGGCGUCAG